GAAGGAGGGUAGAUGCAAAAGCGAAAGCAGGAAACAGCUUCAGCCGUGCAGCCCCACAGAAGCCGAGGCUGAGACCUUUCUGCUGCCUGGUCCUACUCAUCAGACUGACGCAUCGGUCCCCAUCGCAAGGGGCCCCGCCUGACGUGAAAUGCAGAAGCCUGUAUUGGCCCCCCAAGGAGGCUUCUGCUUCGAGAAUUGCCAGAGAAAUGCAUCCUUGGAACGCGCCUUUCCGGGUCCCCGGGUCCCUCGUGCACACAAGACCGGGACCACCAUCGCAGGACUGGUGUUCCGAGAUGGUGUCAUCCUGGGAGCAGAUACGCGGGCCACUGACGAUAUGGUCGUAGCGGACAAGAACUGCGAGAAGAUUCACUACAUCGCCCCCAAAAUUUAUUGCUGUGGGGCUGGAGUAGCCGCCGAUGCCGAGAUGACUACACGGAUGGCAGCGUCUAACAUGGAGCUACACGCGCUAUCCACGGGCCGCGAGCCUCGAGUGGCUACUGUCACCCGCAUCCUACGCCAGAUGCUCUUCCGGUACCAAGGCCACGUGGCGGCAUCCCUGAUAGUGGGUGGAGUAGACCCGACAGGACCGCAGCUGUAUGGCUUGCAUCCCCAUGGGUCCUACAGUCGCCUUCCCUUCAUGGCCCAGGGAUCUGGGCAGGAUGCGGCUCUGGCGGUGCUGGAGGACCGGUUCCAGCCGAACAUGACACUGGAGGCGGCGCAGGGGCUGCUGGUGGAAGCCAUCACCGCAGGGAUCCUGGGUGACCUGGGUUCUGGGGGCAGCGUAGAUGCGUGUGUGAUCACUGCAAUGGGCGCCAAGCUGCUGCGAACACUCAGUUCACCUAUAGAACCCAUGAAAAGACUUGGCCAUUACCGAGUGGCACCUGGAACCACAGCAGUCCUGACCCAGACGGUGCAGCCAUUGAAGCUGGAGCUCCUGGAGGAAACUGUGCAGGCCAUGGAUGUGGAGUGAAGUCACCUGAGGCUUUAGAGCUCCAAAUGAGUGAAACCAACCUGGGAAAAUACAGACACCUAAAGAGA